AUGGUUUCUGGGCCCCUGGCACUCCGGUGGUACGCGUGGGCAGGGCGUGGGGACAUGGGGCCUGACAUGGAGCUGCCCAGCCAUUCAAAGCAGCUCCUGCUGCAGCUGAACCAGCAGAGGACGAAGGGCUUCCUGUGUGACGUCAUCAUCAUGGUGGAGAACUCCAUCUUCCGGGCCCACAAGAACGUCCUGGCCGCCAGCAGCAUCUACUUCAAGUCCCUGGUCCUGCACGACAACCUCAUCAACCUGGACACGGACAUGGUCAGCUCCACGGUGUUCCAGCAGAUCCUGGACUUUAUCUACACGGGCAAGCUGCUGCCCAGCGACCAGCCCUCGGAGCCCAACUUCAGCACUCUCCUCACUGCCGCCAGCUACCUCCAGCUGCCCGAGUUGGCAGCCCUCUGCCGUCGGAAGCUCAAGCGAGCCGGCAAGCCUUUCGGCUCUGGACGGGUGGGGGCUGCUGGCAUGGGGCGGCCCCCCCGCAGCCAGCGGCUGUCCACGGCUUCUGUCAUCCAAGCUCGGUAUCCAGGGCUCAUGGAUGGGCGCCAGGGGGCCCACACCCCCCAGGAGCUCGCCCAGGCCAAAGGCUCGGAUGAUGAGCUCUUCCUCGGCAGCUCCAAUCCGGAGAGUGCACACAGCCUGGGCCGGGCCGUCUGUCCGGCCAGCGGGGAGGCCGGCCUGGGCAGCUGCAGCACCAAUGGGAGCAGUGGGGGCUGCGAGCAGGAGCUGGGCCUGGACCUGUCCAAGAAGAGUCCGCCCUUGCCCCCCGCCACUCCUGUUCCCCCCCUCACCCCGGAUGAUCCCGCCCAGCUGAGUGACAGUCAGCACGGCUCCCCCCUCUCGGCCUCAGCUCCUCCCGUUGCCAACAGUGCCUCUUACGCCGACCUGGGGGGCACCCCCAGCGAGCCCAUGGAUCUGGAGGGGCCCGAGGACAACCACCUGAGCCUGCUGGAGGGGCCUGGCGGGCAGCCCCGCAAGAGACUCCGGCACGCGGCCCGCAAGAAGGAGUGGAGCCAGAAGGAGCCCGUGGCGGGAUCCCCCUUUGAGCGGAGGGAAGCGGGGCCCAAGGGCUCCUGCCCAGGGGAAGAGAGUGAAGGCCUCGGGGACAGGGUUCCCAACGGCAUCCUGGCCAGCGGCGUGGCCGGGGGCGGCCCCAGCGGGCCCUACAGGGAGCCCCCGUACCCCUGCAAGGAGGAGGAAGAGAACGGCAAGGAUGCGAGCGAGGAGAGCGGGCAGAGCGAGAGCGAGGGGGGCAGCGGCCACGCCAGCGCCCACUACAUGUACCGGCAGGAGGGCUACGAGACCGUGUCCUACGGGGACAACCUGUACGUGUGCAUCCCCUGCGCCAAGGGCUUCCCCAGCUCCGAGCAGCUCAACGCCCACGUGGAGACGCACACGGAGGAGGAGCUGUUCAUCAAGGAGGAGGGCGCCUACGAGACGGGCAGCGGGGGAGCCGAGGAGGAGGCGGAGGACCUGUCGGCGCCCAGCGCGGCCUACGCGGCCGAGCCCCGGCCCUUCAAGUGCUCCGUGUGCGAGAAGACCUACAAGGACCCGGCCACGCUGCGGCAGCACGAGAAGACGCACUGGCUGACGCGGCCCUUCCCCUGCAACAUCUGUGGCAAGAUGUUCACGCAGCGCGGCACCAUGACGCGCCACAUGCGCAGCCACCUGGGCCUCAAGCCCUUCGCCUGCGACGAGUGCGGCAUGCGCUUCACCCGCCAGUACCGCCUCACCGAGCACAUGCGCGUGCACUCGGGCGAGAAGCCCUACGAGUGCCAGCUCUGCGGCGGCAAGUUCACGCAGCAGCGCAACCUCAUCAGCCACCUGCGCAUGCACACCUCCCCCACCUAG